AUGGCUUCCAAAGUUAGAGGAAGGGGUCUCACGAAGAAGCGGGUUCACAGAGCGACUAGCAACAUCUUCGCAAUGUUUGACCAGGCUCAAAUCCAGGAGUUUAAAGAGGCGUUCAACAUGAUUGACCAGAAUCGGGACGGCUUCAUCGACAAGGAGGACCUGCACGACAUGUUCGCAUCGCUGGGUAAAGAGGUGACCGACGAGUUCCUUGAGCAAAUGGUGUCCGAGGCACCGGGUCAGAUCAAUUUCACUAUGUUUCUGACACUGUUCGGCGCAAGGCUUACUGGCACCGACCCCGAGGAGGUGAUCCGUAACGCUUUUCAGUGCUUCGACGAAGAGGGAACCGGUUUUAUACACGAGGACUACCUCCGCGAGCUGUUGACCACCAUGGGCGACCGGUACACCGACGAGCAGGUUGAUGAGCUGUUCAAGGAUGCGCCCAUCAAAGAUUCGAUGUUCAACUACUUAGAAUUCACCCGUAUGCUGAAACAUGGAACCAAGGAAAAGGACGAGCAAUGA